AUGGCUUCAGACAAAGAGGCGGCCAACGCACUCAAGCUGCAAGGUAACAAAGCUGUCACAAGCCACGACUGGCCCAUGGCUCUCGAUUUUUACAAUCAAGCCAUUGAGAAGUACGACCAGGAACCGUCCUUCUUUUGCAACCGAGCGCACGCUCAAAUAAAACUCGAAGCUUUUGGAUUUGCCGUUGCGGAUGCUACCAGUGCUUUGGAAUUGGACCCGAACUACGUCAAGGCGUACUGGAGACGUGCUCUGGCCAACACCGCUACGCUGAACUACAAGGCGGCCCUGAAGGAUUUUAAGGCCGUAGUCAAGCGCGAACCCAACAACCAAAAUGCCAAGUUGAAGCUUGCGGAAUGCGAGAAGCUCGUCCGCCGCUUGGAAUUCGAGAAGGCUAUUGAGGGCUUGGAUAUCGAUGCGAUCAAGGUGGACGAUGACUAUGACGGUGUGCGACUCGGCGACGAGAUGACGCAGGAAUUCAUUGAUGAUAUGGUGGAGCGGUUCAAGAACGGCAAGAAAAUCCACCGCAAAUACGUUUUUCAAAUCAUCAAGGCUGUCAAGGACCUGGUAUAUAACGAGCCGACUAUGGUGGAGAUCGGCGUUGAUGCUGGUAAGAAGCUGACUGUCUGCGGUGAUACUCAUGGCCAAUUCUUUGAUCUGCUGGAGAUCUUCCGCCGCAAUGGUGCCCCGUCUGAUACCCACUCCUAUCUGUUCAACGGUGAUUUCGUUGAUCGUGGCUCAUGGUCCACCGAGAUUGCCCUGCUCCUGUAUGCCUACAAGUGGUUGCGCCCCAACGGUCUGUUCCUGAAUCGCGGCAACCACGAGACAGAUGACAUGAACAAGGUCUAUGGAUUUGAGGGCGAGUGCAAGGCCAAGUACAAUGAGCGAGUCUUCAAGGUCUUCUCCGAGUCCUUCUCCGCUCUGCCGCUGGCCACCCUGAUUGGCGACAAAUACCUGGUCCUGCACGGCGGUCUCUUCUCCGAUGACAAGAUCACCCUUGACGACAUUCGCAAACUGAACCGCCACAACCAACGACAGCCCGGCCAGCAGGGCCUGAUGAUGGAGAUGCUUUGGACUGAUCCGCAGACUGCCCCCGGCCGCGGACCCAGCAAGCGUGGUGUCGGUUUGCAAUUUGGCCCUGAUAUCACUAAGCAAUUCUGUGAGAACAACGGCCUCGAGGCAAUUAUCCGUUCCCACGAGGUGCGCAUGGAGGGUUAUGAGGUUGAGCACGAUGGCCGCUGUAUCACCGUAUUCUCUGCGCCGAAGUACUGCGACUCGACAGAGAACAAGGGCGCCUAUAUCAAUAUCGGUCCUGAGCUGAAGCUCGCGUACGAGGUGUUUGAGGCUGUCCCGCACCCCGAUAUUAAGCCCAUGGCCUACGCGCAGAACUCGAUCCUCUCCCAGAUGUGA